AUGAAAGACGAAGUAACUUCAGCAGCGCAGUUUAUUUGCGGAAAACUUAAAGAAAACUAUCGCCUUAACAAUGAACAGUGUGAACGUUUCAAAACAAAUCUCGAAGAGCUCAUGUUGCAAAGAUUUCAGAAUCAUUGGCACCCCGAAAAGCCACUCAAAGGCAACGCAUAUAGAUGUAUAAACAUAAAUCAUGUAGAAUGUGUCUUAGACCCUAUGCUAAAGGAUGCUGCUGUUGAAAGCUUCAUCAGUAUCGAUGAGUUGAAAGCGACGUUCCCUGACGGCCUAGCUUUGUGGGUCGACCCUUACGAUGUUUCGUAUCGGAUGGGGAGAAGAGCAAUAUGUCCAAUAUUUAAAAGGUACAACCCUAACAAACCUCAAGCAAGUAACCGUCAGGCAGCGAAGGUACCUAGAUAUACGACGCACAACAAAGCUGCUGGCCAGCGUCCAAACAGUGGCAGCGAUGUUGUUUUGAACAGCAAACUGAACACGUCGGCCCCGAGUUUCGUACCAGCGUCUCAAGCGAAUCAAGAUUUUUCUUCCACCUGGACUAAAACAUGGCAGACUGAUCAGCAAAGACGGGACCAUCAAUCCAAUCAAGGGUUCUAUUCAUACUUUCAAGUCAACCCAGAUCAGGGCAUUUAUAAUCGCUUUCACUGGCAUCGCGAGGACGAGCAGCCGCAACAGGCCAAGAAGAUGCAAAGUCGGGGAUUUGAAUUUCGAAAUGUUGCUCAAGAAGCUUAUUAA